UGUUCAGUGCUGAUUUGAGCUGCGCGCGUACUACUGCGGUGUGCGCGGACAGGUUGCUCUUGACGUCUGCGUUUCCCUCUCUUUAUCUCUCUCUCCAUCACGUCUCUAUCAACUACGACCUUUCAAAAAGAAGGAAGUAUCCCAUAGACCGCUUUACUACUGUAAUGGAUGAAUAACGCGCGAAUGAGAUGGACGCGUGAUGGGAAGAAUGGCAUCGCUGUUUCUCGCGCUCCUCGCGCUCCAGGCCAGUCUCGCCUCAGCGGCGGAUCGAAAAUUCGGCUGCCUAUUCGAGGAUGGUCUGUGUAUGAACUAUGAAGUCUGUCUUAAUGAUGGCAUGUUUGGCCGCUGUGAGGCUGCUCCGCUAACAGACGUCUACACGUAUGACGUCUCGCCAGCGACGGUACAGAGAUUCCGAACGCUGCUUCAGAAACUGGCACACAGAGGGUUGGCGUGGGAAGAUGACAUCACACAGCAGGUUUUAUCUAAUGAGUUCUCCAAACUACGCAAGAUUUCCCUCCCAUUAGCAGAUUUCAGGCCACAGGCUUAUGGUACUUCUGCUGGAGACAGAAGAAUGAAAUCGUCAGAGGUGGAGCUCAGAAAGACACUGAGAUACCUGCAGCACCUGGGGCUUCUACCAAGAAAAUCAAGCAAGGAGGCGGGGCUUCAGUAUUUUCGCUCAGGAGAACCACGCCCUGAAUCUGACUCCACCUCUCCUGACUCCGCCCCUCCUGAGUUCAUUCCAGAAUCACCAUAUCAGUCAAAAUCAUACCCUGACCUCAACAGAUACCAGAGCGACGUGGCACAAACUCCUCGGCAGGAAGAUGGUUUAGACCUGCUCACGGUCGCUCUCCGGAAGUAUCUUACCCAGAACAAACCAGCUCAGCCCGGUCUAGGGGAAAAACCCAGAGUAGACCAGCUCUUCCUUAAAGAUGGCUCUAGAAAGCCCUCUGCAAGUGACUCAAUCACACCUGUGGAUGAGUCAUUCAUCUGGAAAGUUCUGCAGAAUGUGGGCAAGCACAGUGUGGAUGUGAAGAGUCUAAAGGCAGCAGAUUUGGAUAAGCUUGCCGUUCUUAUCGCGGACGCUCUGCAGGUGGUGGAAAAGCAGACAGGACAAGGAGAGAUGCCUAGAGAUCUGGAGACACAGCAGAAUCCCGAAGACCUGCAAUACGACGAUCAGAUAGAGGAACAUUCGGUGGAUCAGAUCCCUGAAGACAGUGCUCAGGAACAGAUGGAAGUGGAUGAGGAAAAUUCAUCUGUCACUCAAAGGACUCUCCAAACCAUUCCACCUGUGACAGAAGGACAAAUAGUAGAAGAGGAAAAAAGAAACAUGGAUAACAAGGAAGUUGGAUUCUUAGGAAAGCUCCUGGAAUACCUGGAUAAAACCUCAGAACCCGAGCCUGUUGCUAAGGGGAAUGGUGUGUCUGUGGAAACCGUGCGUAGCCGAACGACGCACCGGGAUGUGGGAAUGCAGAAAAAGGCAAUAGAACAGGUAGAGGAGGUAGAGGGCUGGGUGCAGGCGGCAGCUAUAGCGCCCUCCUCUGGUGUGGAGACAAACCCUGCACCGCGUCGCAAGAACAUGAAAGUACAAGAUCUUCAGCUCGAUGUCCAGACCAAUACCAAGAAUGACAUCUAUGGAUACAUUAUAACGGAUACAGAGAAUCUUUCCACCGAUAAGGGUUUGGAUCUGAUGCAGUUGGUGGCUCGUAAAGCGAAGAUUCAGAUGACAGAUUUCUCAGAACUCUCUGUAAUCACUCCAGCUGUGACAUUUCAAGUCCGUCCAAACGCUCAGAACAUCACUACAGCUGAUGUUGCUAAUGUAGCAGUUCGUCAGAAGAACGAGCUGGAAAAAGAAGCAAAAAUCAAGAUUGUGGAGGCUGGAGUAACUGAUAGGAGUAAACUGAAUCAAAUUCCAACUAAGUACAAUCGCUCAGAAUCACUCAAGUUUCUCAUUCUGACGGUCAUUUCCAUCGUGUGCAUUAUCGGAGUGCUGCUGGCAUCCAGCGUCAUCUACUGUAUGCGUCACCGCUCUCAUCACAAACUCAAAGAGAAGCUCACCAACCUCACCUCUGACCCAGCAACUGAUGCCACUGCUACUUACCAGGAGCUGUGUAGGCAGCGAAUGGCAGUUAAGCCUCCUGUAGAGAAGCCGGAUCCUAUUCACUCUUCUCGAAUAAACAGUGUCUCAUCCCAGUUGAGUGAUGGGCCAAUGCCGAGUCCUUCUGCACGUACUAGCACCUCCUCCUGGAGCGAAGAGCCCGUCCACUCCAACAUGGACAUAUCGACUGGACACAUGAUACUGGCAUAUAUGGAGGACCACCUGAAAAAUAAGAAUCGUUUGGAGUCCGAGUGGGAGGCUCUCUGUGCGUAUCAGGCCGAGCCGAAUGCCACCACCGUCGGCCAGAGAGACGGCAAUGUCAAGAAGAAUCGCACCAGCACAGUCAUAGCCUAUGAUCACUGCAGAAUAACUCUGAAGGCAGAGAACAAUCAAGGCAACUCGGACUACAUUAACGCCACUCCAAUCAUGGAUCACGAUCCUCGUAACCCAGCGUACAUCGCCACUCAGGGUCCCUUGCCCUCCACUGUCGCUGACUUCUGGCAGAUGGUCUGGGAGAGCGGGUGUGUGGUGAUCGUCAUGUUGACUCCUCUAUCCGAAAACGGUGUGAAACAGUGUUACCACUACUGGCCUGACGAAGGCUCUAAUCUGUACCACAUUUAUGAGGUGAAUCUGGUUUCAGAGCAUGUGUGGUGUGAGGACUUCUUGGUUCGGAGCUUUUACCUUAAGAACAUGCAAACAAACGAAACUCGUACGGUAACGCAGUUCCACUAUCACACCUGGCUGAACGACCAAACACCCGAAACCAGCCAAACCCUCCUUGACUUCCGCAGGAAAGUAAACAAAUGCUACCGUGGAAGAUCCUGUCCUGUCAUAGUUCAUUGCAGUGACGGUGCUGGGCGAACUGGGACGUAUAUUUUGAUUGACAUGGUGUUAAAUAAAAUGGCCAAAGGUGCAAAGGAGAUUGAUAUUGCUGCUACACUGGAACACCUGAGAGACCAGAGACCUGGCAUGGUCCAGACCAAGGAGCAGUUUCAGUUUGCGCUGACCACCGUAGCUGAGGAAGUGAAUGCUAUUCUCAAAGUCCUGCCACAGUGAUACUUCCUUCAUUCCUCCUUUUCAUUCUAUCACUCUAUUUCUCUCUCUCUCUCUUGUAUAAACUCUGAUCUUGUUCCUCAGAAAGAUAUAUAUGUCCUAUAGAAACUAUUUUGUGUGUAAAAUGACUGGACUCUAUUCAUUAAUUAUUAGAAACUGUGUUGUUUUAGUUGUGUGUGAAUAUGAAGAACACGUUUCAUUCAUUAUGCUUUGAUUUAAAUUAUUAUCUCAUCGUUGCUGUUACUAUUGCAUAUUACAGAAAAAAUACAGCUAAGGCCACAUCUGUUCUACAGUAAAUACAGUAGUUCAUUGGAUUUGAAUAAAUCUGUAUGUAUACAUACUUUAAGAUUUAGCACUGUGUUGUACGGGAUACGUGUGCCUACUGCAGUUCAUUAGAGAUUCAUAAAAGCAAAAAUGUCCUGCAUGUGAGAUCAUUUAUUCGGAAAACAGACUUGAUGGAAUUACCAAGCCAAGGAAACCUUCAUUAAAUCAUGAAUUUCAACUUUUACCAGAAGACAACCUGUGUACGGAUAGCAAACAGACAUGCAUGCAAGAUUUGUGCAGUUGUGCCUGAUGACCUUACAGCAAACUCAUCCACAGAAAAAUGAAAAAAAAAAGACUUGUUACUCUCUGAAUUAAAACUAAUUAAAGAUGCAGUAUCUGAUAUAAUGAA